UUAUUUACUUACUGACAAAAGAAAAAGAGCAAAACCGGAAACUGAGAAAUUGUGGAAAUUAUGAACACAGUAGCUGUACUGGAUUGUUUUACUCUCUACUAAAGUAUAUCAACGUUACAUUACUAUCUUGGGACAAUGUCAGGACACGUAUCAUAUUCUUCGGAGGCGUGUAAGCUACCCAUAUAUCAGUUCAAGAAGGAGCUCGUCAAAGCUGUGAAAGACAACAUAUUUUUGGUGGUGACUGGCGAGACUGGCAGUGGGAAAACAACACAACUGCCUCAGUACCUUUACCAUGCAGGUAUUUGGAAAGGUGGCAAAAUUGCAGUGACACAGCCUCGCAGAGUAGCAGCCAUCACAGUUGCACAGAGAGUGUCCCAGGAGAUGGGAUUGAGACUUGGCGAGGAAGUCGGGUAUCAAGUGCGCUUUGAUGACUGCACAUCCAAAAACACCAUUAUCAAAUACAUGACCGAUGGCUGUAUGCUGCGGGAGAUUCUGGCUGAUCCAGUCCUCACGCAGUACAGUGUUGUCAUCCUAGAUGAGGCUCACGAGAGGAGUUUAAACACGGAUAUCUUGAUAGGACUUCUGAAGAAGACCAUGUCCAAAGGCGGCUCCCAUGGCCGCUCUGUGCCCCUGAAGGUGGUUGUCAUGUCUGCAACCCUGGAAACGGAAAAGCUCUCUUCGUUCCUUGGACACUGCCCAGUGUUCUCCAUCCCUGGUCGAACGUUCCCAGUCACUGAAACAUUUCUUAACCUGAUUGGACCCAAAGACACUGAAAGCUCAGCUUAUAUCAAAGAGGUUGUGAAGGUGGCUCUUGAUGUCCAUACCAAUGAGAGGGCUGGAGACAUUCUGGUGUUUCUGACAGGUCAGUCUGAAAUCCAGAAGGCCUGUGAUAUGCUCUACCAGAAAGCAGAGGCCAUAGACUACAGAUAUGACGUCAAUGAUUCCUCUGUGGAGGGGCUUCUCAUCCUACCCUUAUAUGGAGCCAUGCCAACAGAUCAGCAGAAGCAGAUAUUCCAGCCUCCUCCUGAGGGCAUCCGAAAGUGUGUGGUGGCCACCAACAUCGCAGCCACAUCCCUCACCAUCAACGGAAUAAAGUAUAUUGUGGACAGUGGGUUUGUGAAACAGCUAAACCAUAGCCCGAGGGUUGGCAUGGACAUACUGGAGAUUGUUCCUAUCUCAAAGAGUGAGGCCCAGCAACGAGCUGGGAGGGCGGGGAGAACCUCGGCAGGGAAGUGUUUCCGCAUCUACAGCAAAGACUUCUGGGAGAAGUGUAUGCCGGAGUACACCAUCCCCGAGAUCCAGAGGACCAGUCUCACUGGGGUCGUCCUCACGCUCAAAUGCCUGGGUGUUCAUGAUGUCAUCAGGUUUCCAUAUUUGGACCGUCCAGAAGAGAAACUCAUAUUGACGGCUUUGAAGCAGCUUUAUCAAUAUGAUGCAAUAGACAGGAGAGGCCAGGUGAGCGGUCUGGGUAAGCUGAUGGUGGAGUUCCCGCUGCAGCCUGGGCUGACGAGAGCACUGCUGAAGGCUGCAGCCCUGGACUGUGAGGACCUCAUGCUCCCUGUGGCUGCCAUGCUCUCUGUGGAAAACAUCUUCAUUCGCCCAGGAAAACCAGAGACGCAGAAGGAAGCUGAGCAGAAACACAGGCAGCUCGCCUCAGAGGCUGGCAGCAGUAAUGACUUCGCUAUGCUCCUUAAUGUGUUUGAAAAAUGCAAAGCAAGUGAUACUCCGUCUGCCUGGUGCAGAGACAACUGGAUUCACUGGAGGGCUGUCAAAUCUGCACUCAGUGUGGACACUCAGCUCAGAGUUAUCCUACAUCGACUAAAACAGCAGGGAGUGAUUGAGAAGGAGAAAUGGGAUGGCAGCAGGAGUGAGGUCUUCAGAAGGUGUCUGUGCGUUGGCUACUUCACCAAUGUUGCCAGGAGGUCUAUAGGGAAGGCGUUUUGCACAAUGGACGGACAUGGAUCCAACGUAGUGAUUCAUCCCUCUUCAGUGCUCUUUGGCAUGGAGUCCCAGCUGGACUGGGUCAUCUUCCACGAUGUGCUGGCCACCUCGCGGAUGUUUGUGCGAACAGUGUGCCCCAUUCGCUACGACUGGGUGAAGGACCUGUUGCCUAAGCUGCAUGAGGUGGAUGCGUACGAGCUGAGCAGUGUGGCACGAGAGGAGGUAACAGAGGAAGAGGUAGCCAAGUGGGAAUCCAGAGAAGCAGCUAAAAGACCUGCUGCAGAAUCAUCAGAAGAUGCCUCCAAAAAGCUUGAGAAGCGGAAUGACGAGAGUUCCAUCACAGAUGCACGCGCUCGGUACUUGCAACGGAAGCAAGAAAGACAGCAAGGAAAAAAACUUUGAUAACGGCCAUCUAUACAGCAAACGCCAUCAACAAUAGUAGUAAUCAUUAAUGGAAUCCAUGUGAUGCCUGCUUUUCUGACUAUCAUCAGAGAGAUUAGAGAGAAUAUCUCUGGUAUCAUAGUGUAUAUGUGACAGAGGUGUUCCUGCACAGCUCGUCCCCCUCGGGCCGCGAACCUGCCACCUCGUCAACUACAUCGGUUCAGCAAUGGGAGUGAUGCCUGCUUUUCUGACUGUAUCAUAGUGUAUAUACUACUGAAUAUAUUUUAUAUAUUUUUAUUCUGUUUUGUGGAUAUAACGGAACCUUCUUUGUUUCUAUGUCUUUUUAAAAAAAAAAACUGAAUCUGUUUUAUUUUUGUGUUUUUUAAUUGUAUAUUUCAAUUAAAGCGGGAAAAUAAAGCUGCACAUGAGUGAGCUUACUUUUAUCAGUUGGUUGUACUUUUAAAUGUGUGGUGGGUGGGUGUUUACCAUUGAAAAUGUUUAUUGAAGAAGAAAUAUUGC